AUAACAAACAGAAAGCAAGAAAAGGAAAGCAGGAUAGGGAAACAUGGCAAGGUUGGUGAUGCAGCACCACCAACAGAACAGACUACCUUCUUUCUCUCCUCUUCCUUCUCUUUCUGACUUCAAUGGCACCAAACUCCAAACUCAACUCCAGUAUAGGAGAAAAGUAUCACAGCCAAAAGAAGCAUUACAUGUUACAGCAUCAAAUGCAAAGAAGACUCUUAAAGUGAGCCUCACUGAGCAAAUGUCAGGUGAAUCGAAUAAGGGUGGUGCUGCUGAAUUUUCUUCCAAGACUAAAGAUUUUGCAGUUCCUAGGAGGAAUGCAAUGGCCUUAAUCUUGUCAGGUUGCAUCUUCUCUCAAGUCAGUUGGCAAAGUCCUGCAUUUGCUGUACAAUCUGUUGCAUUAAGGGAAUACGUAGAUAGUUUUGAUGGCUACUCAUUCAAGUACCCUAAGAAUUGGAUUCAAGUUAAAGGUGCUGGAGCUGACAUAUUCUUUAGAGACCCUUAUAUUCUUGAUGAAAACCUAGCUGUGGAUUUGUCCUCUCCUUCAUCCUCGAAUUACAAGAGUGUUGAAGAUCUGGGGCCACCAGAAGUAGCCGGAAAGCAAGUGCUUAGGCAGUAUCUGACAGAGUUCAUGUCUACAAGACUCGGGGUGAAGCGUGAGGGGAAAGUUCUCUCUACAUCUUCAAGAGUUGCUGACGAUGGGAAGCUUUAUUAUCAAGUUGAGGUGAACAUAAAAUCAUAUGCAAGCAACAAUGAACUAGCUGUUAUGCCAAAAGACCGCGUAGUAAGUAUGGAAUGGAACAGGAGGUACCUCACUGUUCUAGGAGUUGAAAACAACCAAUUGUAUGCUUUGAGAUUACAGACACCAGAAAAUGUAUUUGUGGAAGAAGAAAGUGAUCUUCGCCGGGUUAUGGAGUCAUUUAGAGUGAACAAGGUGGCUGCUUAAGUACCAUGAGAUUGU